AUUCCUUUAUUUUGUCAUUUCUAGAGGAGAAUAUCGGCAGGAAGGUCUGUGUCUCCAGCCAACGUGGGAUGGGACUGUAGCUGACGGGCUCCCAAGCUGCCACUGGGGUCUCCGAACCCACCGAGGGGCGGCUGGAAGGAGGCCGACACCGCCACCUGCUUCACUUAAAUCUUAAUAUUAAUACACCUCCUCCCAGGGGCCCGGAACGGCGGGCGGGGAUGGGGCGGGGCUUUGGGGCCAGGUUCCCCGGGAUCUGGAGUCCGCCGCGGAUUCCUGCCCCACCAGGGCUUUUUCCUCCGCCUCCCCCGCGCUCUUCUUGCUCUCAGCGGCCCCUUACUUUUUUUUUUUUUUUUUUUUUUUUUUCUCAUUUAUUUUCCUCCGCAGCAUCCAUUCGUGCGUUCUUUCAUUUGGCCAAUUUCUAGCUGAGAGACUGCUGGUGCAGGCACUGUUUUAAACGUUGGGAAUAGAUCAGUGAACAAAAUAGACAAAAAGUCCGUGCUCUCAAAAGCCUAGGAGUUUACAUUAUAGGGAAAGGAAGACCUACAAUAAACAAUGGAAAGUAUAUAAUUAACUUAUGCACCUUGUUGGAAAGUGCUGUAUAGGUGAAAGCAAGGCAUGUCGGGAUUGGAAGGAGGGGGUAGUCUGCAAUUUUAAAUAGGGCACCUAGAGUAGGUUUCCUAGGGAGGAUUACAUGCAAGCAAACAGUUGAAGGAGGCAAGAUUAUUCAUCUUGAGGAUAGCUUGAGGUAGAGGGAACAGCCAGUGCAAAGUCCCUAAAAUGGAACCGUGCCUAAAAAGGAAGAGAAAGAUCUGCGGGACUGAAGGGGGUUGAAUGGGGGGGAGAAUAGUAGGAGAAGUAAUAGCAACCCUGUAGACUUAUAUGCCACUGUAAGGACUUUAGCUUUUAUUUUGAAUGAACAGAGGCGAUGCAAUGAGAUUCUUUAGGGCCUUAUAUGCUACUCCUUAUUUUGAGUAAGAUAGACGCAUUGAGGGCUUUUAAGCAGAGAGCUGAAAUAAUCCAACUAAGUUUUAAAUAGCCCACUUUAUUGUAUUGAGAAAAGACAAGUAGAAGACAAAAGACAAGGACAGAAGCAGGAGACCAGUUUGAUGGCUAACACAAUACAGGUCAAGGCAGGCAAUGGUGGCUUGGGCCAAGAUGGUGGCAGGAGAAGUUGUAUUCUGGAUAUAUUAUCAUCUUCAAUUUGUUCCUCUUCUCCCUCAUCUCUCAUAGAUACUCCAGAUUCUCAGUGAUUCCUUCUUUUCACUUUGGUCACAUCCCUCUAUUCUCUCUUCCCUUCAUCAAAUAUACAGGAAAACAAGGUAUGGGAUCACCUCUAGCUUAUUACUGCUGAUAAACCCCACAUCUAGGGCAGUAUUGAUACAUCAAACCAAAAAGCAGCUGCCCUGUGGGUCAAGAGCAGUCUUUUGACUGGUCUCACCAAGGCUUAUAUCUCUGAAGGGAGGCUGAUAUCCACUGGAGCCACUUCAAAACUGGUUAUCUGGGCAAAGCCAGGAUUGACUUUAGGAGCUGGAUCCAACCAGCAGAGAAGAAACUCGGACAGUGUUAGAAGACUGGAAAAGAAAAGAAAGAAAGAAGACUGGAAAAGAAGACAUGCAGCAGGUAAAAAGAGGAGAAUCUGCAGUAUAUCACAAGGAGAAAGAAGAAGUGAGUCCAGGAAAGGAGGAAAGCGUUGGAAGUGUGGUGAGGUUGGAUUGACUGUGAGGAAGUUUUCUCCUUCAAAAUACUUUUUCUGGAUUACUUGGUGAUGUUUUUAAGUUAUAGAAUAAUUGGAUGCCAUUUCUGUUUUUCAUAAGAUCGUGGUAUCAGAUGAGAGUCCAGGAUCACCAAACCAGCUUUGCAUCACUGAUAGCAUGUUCCUACAGGAAAGAGCUCUACCAUUUCCUCAGUGCCCUGCCUUAGCCAGAGAUGGAAGCCAAGGAAACCUGCCAGGAGCAAAACAUACAGUGAUGAGCCAGCCUCAAGAGUCAGUGACAUUUGAGGAUGUAGCUGUGAACUUCAGUCAUGAGGAGUGGCAGUGUCUGACCCACGCUCAAAGACACCUCUAUAAAGAUGUGAUGUUGGAAAAUUAUGGGAACAUGGUGUCACUUGGAUUUUCAUUUUCUAAACCACCUUUGAUCUCCCGUCUGGAGCAAGGUGCAGAGCCCUAUGUUCAGGAUCGACAGGACUGGGAGUUCCUGAGCUGCUCCUAUCCAGUAUCAGCUGCCAAGACAUGGCCUGAGAGUGAGAAGGCAAGAUCAGAACAGGAGGUUUUUGAAAAUGGAGAAGUAUGCUGGGUGAAAUUUAAAAGUCUCCUAAAAGUUGUUUCCCAGGAUCCAGAGGUUGGAGAAGUUUGUGUACAAGAUGUCAAAUUAGAGAAUCAAUGGGAAAUGCCUGUGAGGGAGAAAUGGAGAGAAGAGAAAGAAAGCUGUGAUAAGGUAACUUUCAGGAAAGGAAAGAACCAGAAGGGACUUAUAAAACACUUCAGUCCAAACUCAGAAUGUAUUCUGUAUGGAGUUCUUACGGAAAAGAAACAGCAUGAAUGUACCCGAUGUGGCAAAAACUUCAGUUGGCAUUCUGACUUAAUUCUCCAUGAGCGAAUUCACUCUGGCGAGAAACCCUAUGUGUGUAAUGAGUGUGGGAAAGCAUUCAAGACCAAAAAUCAACUUUCCAUGCACCAGAUAAUCCACACAGGGGAGAAACCCUUUAACUGUACCCAGUGUGGGAAGGCCUUCAGUAGUAGAUCCGCUCUUUGCCGACAUAAAAAAACCCACAAUGGGGAGAAGCCACACCCGUGCAGUGACUGUGGGAAGGCCUUCAAGACCAGGUACUGUCUCAGGAUGCAUCAGAUCAUCCACACAGGAGAGAAGCCUUACGAAUGCAGUGACUGUGGGAAGGCCUUUCAGUUUAAGCAUUCCCUCAUCAUCCACAGCAGGAGCCACACUGGGGAGAAACCCUAUGCAUGUGAGGAGUGCGGGAAGGCUUUCAGCGGGAGUUCAGACCUCAUCAAACACACAAGAGUCCACACUGGGGAGCGACCUUAUGAGUGCAAUGAGUGUGGGAGGGCCUUCAGCUGGAGCUCAGACCUAAGCAAACACAGAAGACUCCACACUCAGGAGAAGCAUUGUGAGUGCCCUCAGUGUGGAAAAGCCUUCAGCAACGAGGCAGAGCUCACCAAACAUAGAAGAAUCCACACCAAAGAGAAGCCUUAUAAGUGUAAGGAGUGUGGGAAAACCUUUCAUCAUAACUGCAAAUGCCGGGCUCAUGAACGAGGACAUACUGGGGAGAAGCCCCAUCGAUGUGGUGAUUGCGGGAAAACUUUCCAAGAUCAACACUGCCUUACCAUCCAUCAAAGAAUCCACACUGGAGAGAAACCUUAUAAAUGUUCAGACUGUGGUCGAGCUUUCAGUGGGAAAUCAAACUUGACCAAUCAUCAAAGAAUCCACACUGGAGAGAAACCUUACAGGUGUGAGGUGUGUGGAAAGGUCUUUCAUCAGAGCUCAGUCCUGAGACAGCAUGAAAGAAUCCACACGGGUGAGAAGCCAUUUACCUGCCAUGAGUGUGGCACGUCUUUCCGUCAGAGCUCAGCCCUGAUUGGACACAAGCGAGUUCAUACUGGAGAGAAACCUUAUAUAUGUGACGAGUGUGGAAAAGCUUUCAGAGUGAGCUCAAAUCUUACUAGACAUAAGAAAAGAAAACAUAGAGUGUGGGAAACCCACAAACGUGGAGAGAGUGGGAAAUCUCUCUCUCCAGUAACUGGUUCUCAGACCUUUUCAUUCAUCAAUAUUUUGACCACCAACAACUGAGAGUAGUGAUUCUGGUGUUUACACUUUAUCAUUUCUUCUUCUACGUCUUAUACUGAUCACUCUUGUCUCCUGUGUUGGUUCUUCCUGGUUCCCUGACCCCUCUAAUUGUGAGAUCUCUCAAGCCUUUGUCCUUGACCUUCCCAUUCAGUGUUUCUUUGGUGAGCACAUUCACUUCCAAGAUUUUGUCUAUCAAUAAUAGUACUGUAAUACUACAUACUAGUGCCCUACACAUGCCAGGCACUAUUCUUUACAGUUUUAAAUAAUUUAAUCAUACAACGUCCCUGUGGGAUGAGGAAAUUGAAGCAUAAAAAAAUUAAGAAACCUGUCAUGGAUCCUGUAACUGGUAAAUUCUAAACAAAUGCCUGCUGAAUGCUCAGACUUCUCUGAGCAAUUUCUGUAAUCCUGUACCACAUUUCUUGAAUGUGAAGCUAUACCUCAGUUUAGCACAGAACAUUUUUUUGAUUCAUAAACAUUGAUUACUUUUAGUAAGUUUUUUUAUCUUUUUUGGCCACAGUUCUCAGUUCCCUGACCAAGAACCAACCCUGUGCCCCUUAAGUGGAAGUAAGGAGUCUUAACGACUAGACCACCAGGGAAGUUCCAGCAAAUUUUACAUUAAAGCUUAAAUGGUACUCUUCUAUAUAGAUUCAGAAUUUCUGAGAUUCAGCAGAGGAAGGAAGACAAGGCAAAGGCAGAUUUUUUUAAUUACAAAUAAAUAGAAGUCAAGUGUGAGCUUUCCAGGUGUCGCAGUGGUAAAGAAUCCGCCUGCCAAUGUAGGAGAUGCAAGAGAUGCAGGUUCAGGUCCUGGGUCAGGGCGAUGCCCUGGAGCACUACAUGGCAACCCACUCCAAUAUUCUUGCUUGGAAAAUUCCAUUGACAGAGGAGCCUGGUAAACUACAGUCCAUGGGGUUGCAAAGAGUUGGAUGUGACUGAGUACACACAGAGAAGUCAAGUGUACACAGCUCAAGUGGAAGUUUACAUAUGGAAAGAGCAUGAAGCCUGUCCCACUUUGUUAUAAAUGUACUAAAAGGUCUUCAAGGUGUUGAUUUCUUAAAUAUUUGUUUUAUCUAUCUGCAUGACAUAUGAAAUGCUCUUUCACAAGGAUUAAUAAAUGUAUAUCUUUUCAAGUC